GCGCCAUCUUGAGGCUGCCCGAGCUGCUGCCUGAAGGACCUUCACUUGUAAACAUUCCUCCUUAAAAUCACACAUCCGUUAACAGGCAGCCGUUAACAGGAAGCCAAUUCGGCGGACAUCAGAAGGCACUUUCACCUUAGAGCUGGUGCCGUUAAUAACGUAACAUUCAACUUUCCUGACACCACCACCGACCGACGAGGCGCUGAAGAUGAACCCGAGAGGAGCAGCCUGCAGUGGGAAGACUUUCUUGUUCACCUCCGAGUCUGUGGGAGAGGGACACUCAGAUAAAAUGUGUGAUCAGAUCAGUGAUGCUGUGCUCGAUGCAUACCUGAGUAAAGACCCCGACUCUAAAGUGGCUUGUGAAUGUGUGGCGAAGACCGGCAUGAUUUUGCUGGUUGGAGAAGUGACAUCUAAGGCCAUCGUGGAUCUCGUGACAGUGGUCCGAGAUACCGUGAAGAAGAUUGGCUAUGAUGACUCUUCAAAAGGUUUUGACUAUAAGACGUGCAACGUGCUGGUGGCCCUGGAGCCGCAGUGUGCCGAGAUAUCAGACUGUGUGUUUGAAGGCAGGGAUCAGGAGGACAUCGGUGCCGGGGACCAGGGUUUGAUGUUUGGAUACGCCACAGAUGAGACGGAGGAGUGCAUGCCGUUAACCAUCCUACUGGCUCACAAACUCAACUACAGGUUAAAGGAGCUGUCACGCAACGGAGAGUGUCCCUGGAUAAAACCAGACUCCAAAUCACAAGUCACAGUGGAGUAUCGAGACAAUAUGGGAGCCAUGGAGCCGCAGCGUGUUCACACUGUGGUCAUCUCUGUACAACACAGCCCGGACAUCAGCCUGGAGGAGAUCAGACGCAAUCUGAUGGAGAAGGUGGUGAAGGUCGUCAUUCCCGCCAGGUACCUGGAUGACAAAACCAUCUACCAUCUACUGCCAAGUGGGACAUUUCUUAUCGGUGGCCCACAGAGCGAUGCAGGACUCACAGGGCGUAAAAUCAUUGUGGACACAUAUGGAGGCUGGGGUGGGCAUGGAGGAGGGGCUUUCUCCGGGAAAGACUACUCCAAAGUGGAUCGGUCCGGAGCUUAUGCAGCUCGCUGGGUGGCCAAGUCUCUGGUGAAAGCAGGACUCUGCAGGAGAGUCCUGGUUCAGAUCUCCUAUGCGAUCGGUGUGAGCCGCCCGCUUUCCAUCUCAGUGUUUCACUACGGCUCAUCCAACAAGGAUGAAGACGAGCUGCUGCAAAUAGUUGAGAAGAACUUUGACCUGAGGCCUGGCGUCAUUGUAAAAGAUCUGGGUUUGAAGCGGCCAAUUUACCAGGAAACCGCCUGCUACGGUCACUUUGGCAGAGAGGAUUUCCCCUGGGAAAAACCAAAGCCUCUGGUGUUUUGAGUUUUAAACAACUGUCAGUUUUUUCUUAACAAUCAGUCGUAAAACAAUCAAGGGUCAAAUAAUCUUAAUUUGUAUACAUGACUGAAUGCAGUUCUUACUUUAUCUGACCUUUAGUUAUUAAGGUCAGUGCCGAACAUUUAUUUUGAUUUUUAAAAAAAUCUGAUUGAAGUACUUGUUUGUAAAAGAAUAUGUCGUUUUUUGUUAAACUGUCAGAUACAAUUUUGGUAAUUUGUAAUAAAUAAUAUUUGGUGAUUAAAAAAUGA